GAACCAUGGAUCGAGGAAAACAUCACAAUGCUGGAAUGUGCCAAGUACAUUCCUUCGAGACGUUCCAUGGUCAAUUCACGAUGUUAUUGUGGUUUGAGCGUCAAGAAUCAUGCACCAAAUGUGAGGUUGGAUGCAGUAACACAACUGGGCGCCGAAUGUUUCCGUUCUCUGCUGCUUAAAAAUGGUAGUCGAAAAACUGCAUCUCAGACCGAACGAUGGCACGUCAAAACACACACACGCGAAAUGCCCACCAACGCCUACGGUACGGUGGAGUUUCAGGGCGGGCCACAUCCUACCAGAGCUCGGUACGUUAGGCUUCACUACGAUACAAGUCCGGAGACAUUGAUGCAUCUACUACUACAUGAAUGGCGCAUCCGUGUUCCAAAUUUAGUCAUAUCGAUGCUCGGUGGCUUGGCCAACGCACCGUUGCAAAACAAAAUUCAACGCGUUGUACAAAGUGGUCUUUUGAGAGCUGCGAAAACAACCGGUGUAACACGGCACAUUGGUGAAGCACUGGGCGAUGAAGUGCAUAUUCGGGGAUCGAACAUUGUCGCCUUGGGCAUUGCUCCUUGGGGUUACGUGCAACACCGCGAAACACUGAUUGGUCUGAACCAUACGUGUGCUUACUAUUCACAAGGAUGGAGACCCGGCUGUCAAGAUGCUCCAUUAGAUCCCCAUCAUAAUUAUUUUUUGUUGGCUGACAACGGUACGACGGGGAAGUUUGGUGGUGAACUGUGUCUGCGACGUCGUCUCGAGCAGUACUUGGCUCAGCAACCGAUUGAUAUGCGGCGAUAUGGUGGAUCCAAGUCACGUAUCCCGAUUGUUGGUGUUCUUCUUGAAGGCGGUCAACAGACGUUCCGAACGGUCUUUGAGCUUGUAACUGGCCGGUAUCCAGUACCCGUCGUUGUUUGUGACGGCAGUGGUCGUGCUGCUGAUCUGCUGGCAUUCAUGCACCGUUACGCUAACGAAGAUGGCGACUUACCUGCUCCAUUAAAAGAACAGAUCAUUCCUACCAUCAGUCGAACAUUCCAACUGCAUCGCCACGAAUCGGAAGGACUGUAUAGCGAACUGCGGCUAUGUAUGAAGAGGAGGCAUUUGAUCAGUAUUUUUCGAAUGGGCGAAGGUGACAGCGACGAGAUCGACAUAACCAUUCUAACUGCGUUGCUACAAGUCUCCGGCCACAAACUAACACCUGCUGAACAACUUUCUCUGACGAUGGCUUGGGACCGACCAGACAUUGCACGUUCCAAGGUUUUCACCUCGUGUAGCACAUGGUCGACAACCACCUUGGAAAACGCCAUGGCUGAUGCGCUCCUUAACGACCGUCUUGAGUUUGUGAAGCUACUUCUGGCCAAAGGAUUGGGAAUUCAAAGAUUCCUGACCGUUGGCAGAUUGGAGGAACUUUAUAUCGCCGCUAGUGAUGUAAACAACCGAUCGUUCCACAAAUUAUUUGCCAAGAUAAUGGGUGCUAGACAGCGGAUCACUCUGCGUGCUGUGGGUCAACUGAUUGAAAACCUCAUUGGUGGAGGUUAUCAGCAUAGCUAUUGUGACAAAUCGGGUUUCGGUCGAUUGCCAUCGUUUCAGCGUCGUUCAGCCUCGGCCGAUGUUGGAUCCUAUUCAUCUGAUCCUUAUCUGGCUGGCCUUGUGAACAGGCUAAUGGCAGAUCGAAAGUUUCCGUUUCCGCGCAAGUCUGUCACCUACGCGAAUAUUGAUCACGCAGUGGAACACGGGGGAUUAAAGUUUCCAGCGAGCCUCGGGCACAUGGUCACUGGACACAAACAACAAUCGACGUCAGUCCUCAACACUGAAGACGCCUCCAGUCGGGACUGCAUUUUCCGCUAUCCCUAUACCGAAUUACUUCAAUGGGCCCUUCUCACUAGACGCUAUAAGAUGGCUCGCUUCAUGGUUUUGGCCGGCGAGGAAUCGAUCGCCAAGGCAUUGUUCUCCGUAAAGCUGCUGCGUGGAAUCAGACACGCCAGUGUCCACGAUGAGUCUGAAGUGGAAGUCGCCAAAGAAUUUCGAACGCAGGAAGAUCUCUUCGAACGCUUGGCAUUUGAUUUACAAGAUCACUGCUAUCGUCACGACCCGGAUCAAGCCAAACGCCUAUUGAUUUACGAGCUACGCGCGUUUUCGAACAACACCUGUCUUAGUUUGGCCCAUAUGUGUGAAUCUAAGGUUUUUAUCGGCCAUAAAUGUACACAGUCUAUUUUGAAUGACCUAUGGUACGGAGGCUUGCGAAACGGAAAGAUGGUUGGAGCCAAAGUUGCCCUUUUGUUAAUGGGCAUGCUACUGCCACCAGUAUAUCCAAUCAUUGGCUACUGUUUGUCGACGCGAAGUAAAUUUCUCGAAUUCAAAACCAAAGAGGAACUGGCACAACAACCACAGACACUGCAAGAAUAUCUAGAUGAACUCGAAGACACGUCGUCCUCAUCUAGCUCUUCAUCGUCGUCAUCCUCUUCUUCGACUACUUCGUCUCGCUCAACCACGCCACGCCCUUCACUCUUCCGUGAUCUUCGUAUGAGCAUCCUAAAUCCAGUUGGGGGUCUCGGCGACCAUCCGGUUUGCUCUACGGGUGCUGCCUCCGAAUCUAUCUCUGCGCCCACGUCUGUUGUUGCACCCACGCUUCCUUUGGGUGUUGCCGUUGAUCAAAGUCAUAGUAACUACCGUAUCCAAGGGAACCGCCGCCUGAGAUUGGGCAGGCGCAAUACAACUAAGAGAUUCUCUCAUGUCAAAGAAGGCGAUGUUGUUUCGGAUGUGGUCGCGACGAGCUCUUCGAUCCGCACGGCUAGCAUGUCUGACAGCAAAAUUCUUGGUUUGCCAUCACCACAACAUAUACAUAAGCGCAAGAGGCGCAGACGCUUAUUCUCACGAAGCAAGGCGUCUAGUGAACCGCAUUCGGUCGUAACAUCAUGUCCUACCCACAUUAACAACGAUCCACCCUCAAUCCUCGAAAAAGAGAAGGACACUGAGAAAGAUUGUCGUGCAAUGGACAGUACAACUGGGAUUGGUGAUAAAGCAGAUGCACCAUGCUUUGCGGUGCAGAAGGAGAACGGUGGGGAUAACAAUGGAACUGGAAGUGACGCCCUUGCGUUGUGCAACAGAACACCUGAUUAUCUGGGGUUACCAGAUGUUCGGUUCAGUGCAGCUGGUCGAAAUAGCAUGCCAGCUGAGGUAAACCUGACGUCACGUACUCGUACAAGCCCGAAGGACCCUUCGGUAACCGCAGGACAGCAUCAUCAGCGUUCCAGUAUUCACACAUGUCCAAGUUUCCCUAAUACCACCUACUGUACUACCGGUUCAAACCAUAUUGGAAAGCAUUCCUUUCCACUGAGGUCAAAUCUUGCUGCAUUGCUUCCCUCGAAUCACUACGCUUCCGUAGCUGCAGCCACUUCAAUACCCCGCAGGCGUAAAUCACUGGGUUAUACAAGGACUCGUUCAUUAAACCGAACGAAAGAUGGAAUCGAAGGUGUCGCUAAUCGUCACCUAUCCCCGGCUCAUGUCAAUCCGAACGACUUGACUAAGCCCAUGUGGAACAUUGCUUCAGGACAGCUUAUUAAGCCGCGGGUGGCAUCCGAUGAUCAAACUGCCAAAGCACAGACCCCGUACGGAAAGACUCUUGGUGCUUUGCAUAACUUUCAACUCACUCCAGGAACUCCAGAUAGAUUAGAAGGCCUUUUUACGUCGGCCACAAGUCACCAAUUGUCUUGGCGCAAGCGGAUCUACGAGUUCUUCAGCGCCCCAGUUACGCGAUUCUACUUGCAUGUGAUUUUGUAUCUGGUGUUCCUAGUCCUCUAUAUUGGUCUGUGUCUUCAUACAAUACCCGCUCGCAGCUGGUCGUUUCUGGAGAUCUACGUAUAUCUACACAUCGUCACUUAUUUUCUGGACAAAUUCCGUGAGGUCACCCUCGUCAGAGGCAGUAAUUAUCUUCAGAAAAUGCGUGUCCAUCUCGGUGCAUUUUGGAAUACAUACGAUUUAGUUAUGUGCUCCGUUUCAAUGGUUGGCAUUGGCCUUCGAUAUUUCGGUGUGAUCUAUCUGCCGAUUUAUAUGUGGGGCAAAAACUUGCUCAUAGUUUGUUGUGCAAUGUGGCAGAUGCGAUUCUUUGAAUUAAUGCAAAUAUGGCGGUUCUCUGGUCCCAUUAUUUACACAGUAUUUAUGAUGAUACGAGUCAUGAUCCCCAUGCUGAGUUUGGUGUUCCUGCCCCUGCUUGCUUUUGGGACAAUGCGUGAGGGUAUUAUGUACCCGAACCGAACUCACGUUGAUCUGGACAGUGUAAAGGGUACGAUGCUGAAACCGUAUUUCAUGAUAUACGGCGAAGUGUAUGCGGGCGAAAUUGACCCAAAUGACUGGCCACCUGAAUCGAUCAACACACCACUGAAGGAGGCUGUUCCGAUCGCCACAGUUAUAUUUCUGCUGUACUCCAUCAUUGUAUUUAUCAGUGUGGUCAUUGCGACUUUCAAUGACAUCUUCUCCCGUAUGCGCCAGCAGUCUGAAUUGGUCUACAACUAUCUACGCUACGCUGUGAUUAUUGAGUACGAGUCGCGUCCGCUGCUCCCACCUCCCUUCAUCAUAAUUUCAUGGAUAUACAUGUUGCUUCUUCAUGUUUACCGGGUCCGAAAGAACCGUCGUGCACUUGCAGCCUUGGAAAGGUUGAGUUCAGAUGGAAGAUCGUCCGAAAACAAUUCAAAUACACCAAAGCCAAAGCGUCGAACGAAGGGAGAGACAAUCGAUUUUUCUAAGGGACACAACGAUUCACGUCCUCCGCCCUCACCCGGAGUGUUCAGCACAAGCAAUGAAACGGCAAUGGGUCUGAAGCUUUUUCUUGACUCUGCCGAAGUGGAGAAGCUGCAUGAUUUUGAAGAAGAAUGCGUGGAUGAUUAUUGGCGUGAGUCUUGCAAACUUGAAAGCCUAGACGCGGAGCGACGCACGGAUGUGCUAAACCAGAAGCUAGAUCAUCUGCAAUUUCGAAUAAGUGAAAUCCACAUUCAUCAGAAUCAACUCAGGGGAUUGGUUUCACUGUUGGACGACCACCUACGGGCCGUGGAUGACAAUAUCUCACACUAUACGACGAGGACUUCACUUGUGGACAGGUCUAAUUUUCAGAUGCAGAAAGAAGCUGUUCUGUUGGAAAGCCUCAUGUGGUUGAUGGAUCAACAACUACGACAAGCACGUCUUGCAAGUGAUGGUGACCAAGCGACACAAGAAAACCAGGAUAGUUUUGUCGGAAAUGCGGUUGAUAUACGCAGAAGGUUAUCCAGUUGUUUGCGAACUAUCACAUCUGAGGAGAGGCAUGAACCUCCGUUAAAUGCAGCACAGUACAACACACGCGAGCGUUCACCAUCACCGGUGCCCAAGGGUGGAUCGCGUUACAGACCUUCCAAGUCGGACUCUCGAGUGUGGACUGCGAGUCAGGGUUUCACGAGUGGACAUUCUUUCGAUUCCACAAGACUAAAAAACCUUUUUUCCCGUCCUCGUGGAGCCUCCUAUCGUGGACAUGAUCACGCCUAUCGUGAAUAUACGACCAUAUGUGAUGAUAUCGAUGUUUCCUGUUUGACCUCUUCUGACAGUUCUACCACGAGCCCAACUGGAUCGCAUACCGACCUCACACAAGCUGGGACAAGUCCUAAACCUCGUCAACCAUCAGAGAAGUAUCCUUCGUUUAAAACUCAAACCAUCCCUUCAAUUCAAGUUUCCGAAGUCAUCGCUGAUAGCGAGCCAAGCCUCAACGAGAAUGACGAAUACACAAGAGAAGAUGAACCCGAUGGAAAUCUUGGACGCCGCGAGGUUCCCAUUCUCACUACCCCAUUCUACCUGGUCCCGAGUUCUGUAACUAGUAGCCGCAGCAAUUCUCCAGAACGUGGUUUAUCUAUGGAUGGCAAGAAAAUAGGAUCAGAAGGUUCACAAGCCGAUUUCGGUGAAUUCCCACCCGGUGCAGUGCGAUUUGUCGAUGCAGCGGAGAGUGACCUUUCAGAUUUACACGGGCUGAGACGUGGCUCAUUUCCCGAAGACACCAGAAAGUCCUCCUCACAACAUCGUUCCUCUGCACGUGCGAAGGAGUUCACUUUCCGAAGUGCCACAUCAGGACUACAAACAUCAUUGCUAUUAUCCCCCGGAAGAGAGCGGGCAAGUCGACGGACGUCCUUUAAACAGGAGGCACCACAGCCUGACCACCCUUCAGGAAAAUGGGACUCCGGACUUCAUCAAGCUGAAAGGGCUGAGAGGGCUGAACUUAGAGGAGUCCUGAUAAGACGUUUGCGCAGGCUUUCCAUCGCAUCCGGUUCUUGUAAGCCAACCCCAUCAGUGCUAUCGCAUUCUACCAGUCUGAACUCAUCCCAACCGAUGCAGCAUGAUCCCUUGGAUGAUAUUGACGCUCCUCGAUCUCCAAGGCAUUCCACACCAACACUGACUGAAUUCGGUGGGCUCUCACCCUCGAUCUCAGGCUCAAACAAUGUGGCUUCAGCACCAAUCACACAACCGAAUACGUCCACAGUUCAGACUCCUCAGGAAAGAACAUCUGUUUUCAUUGAUCAAUCUCGGUAUCGCUUGUCAUUCGCACGAAGAUCGUCAUUCAGCGGAGCUGAUCCAACUGCGUUUAGCCCGGCCGAUGUCGGUGACUUUCUGUCACACAAUGUGAACGAAGCAGAAGCUGUGGAUCCGGAUUUAGAUUUAGAUCUAUACUCUGUGGCCACUCGCGGUUCCAGCUUGCGAUGGAGCUCCGACUCUCAGCUUGCGACUGACCAUACUUUGACCGCAAACUGGCUUCCAUCUGAGCCCACACGAAACGAAGAGCGUUUGGAUCCUCAUGAAGAUACCGAUUUACGCGAUGUCGGUGAUGGUGACGUACAACAAGAUGACUGAAAUAAUUCCCUCCGACCCUUCCCGCUUUGGAUGCUCGUUUAAACUAGUCUUUAGAACAGUCUUAUGCCUGUGGUUCUGGCAUGCUCCCAACGUUUGCCAAAUACAAUCUUAUUUUCGGGUUAUUUUUGAGAGUUUUUUGCCAACAACCCCGCUCAUUUCCCUGUGUGUACCUUCGUACAGUAGACCAGUAUUUGAUGACCAGAUUUUUUACAUUCUGCAAGAGUCUGAAUUGAUUAUUUUCCCUUCUCACUGCAUUAGCCCUCUGUCUCCUUUACUUACACGGUACUUUUUUAAAUCCCUUUUUCUUAAUUUGGCACGGAUCACUCAUGAACCAGUGGUCGCAUUUGUUCUUGUAUUGUGCUAUAAACCGGCUUCCAGGUCGUGCUUCACGCAAUAAGUUGGCAAAAGUUUGGGACCUCUUAUUUUGGUCACUGGUAUCAAUACUGUUGUUACUAAUGCAUGAAGAUUUUUCGUAAUAUUCUCGAGUUAACUCUAGUUCUUUUUUCGAGCACACUGCUCAGCCUGGUUCUGAGAUUUUUUCUAUUCACAUAUCUGUCCCAGAUUGUAGAUUAUCUACGAAACCACGUGGCUUUUUGACGCCCAUUGUUACGAAUAGCAGCUGAGUUGCGAUUACCCAGGUCGAUG